AUGGCGACGAAAUGCGUGUUGUCGUCGCCUUUUCAAGCUGUUCAUUAUUUCUUCUUCUGCAUGGUGGUUUUGCUGCUUCUUCAAUGUUGUUCUUCGACUGUGAUUCGUAAUACUACUUUCCGGCCGCCGGCGGUGUAUGUAUUUGGCGACUCGUUGUUCGAUGUGGGGACGAACAAUUACGUGAAGUUUGCGGACGUGCAGGUAAAGGCCAACUUCCCCUUUUACGGGAUUGAUUUCCCGCAGUCUUUGCCUACCGGCAGAUUCAGCAACGGUUUCAAUCUUGCCGACCAAAUUGUUAAGAAGAUGGGAUUCCGCAGAAGCCCGCCGCCAUUCCUCUCCCUCGUCGCCGGCGGGAAGUGCUCCCCCAAAUUCAACCAAACUAUAACCAAAGGCGUCAACUUCGCUUCAGCAGGCUCUGGCAUUUUCGCCUCAACCGGCUCGAAAUUCAUAGUGGUGCCGCUGAAAACCCAGAUCCAGCAAUUCUCGACUGUCGCCAAGAACCUGACGUGCCUCCUGGGCCGAACACACGCCGCCGCUCACCUCGCCCAGUCCGUGUUUCUGUUUAGUGUUGGCAGCAAUGACAUCUUCGACUACGAAAAGAAUGUCACCGGCGGCAACCAGCAGUUCAACGUCUCCGCCAAGGCUUUCCUCACCUCUAUGAUAUCAGAAUACGGGCUCCAUCUUCAGGAUCUGUAUAUAAGUGGAGCUCGGAAGUUCGGGAUAGUGGGGGUUCCAGCAGUAGGGUGCUGCCCCUUUCUGCGCUCUUUCAACUUCACCGGUGGCUGCAUCGUCGGAGCCAAUUCGCUGGCCCAAGCUUUCAUGGAAGGCCUUACCGUUGCGGCCCAGCAAAUCGGUGCCGUAGCUCCGGAUGUCAAGUAUUCUCUCGCGAAUGCUUUCAGCCUCUCCUCCGAUUUCAUCCAAAACACAACUACUCUCAAACUUCACGGUUUCAAGGACGUGACUGGUUCGUGCUGCGGAAAUGCAACGGUGCCUUGCAGCCCAAACUCUACGGUUUGUGGUAACCGCGGUGAUAAUUUGUUUUGGGACGGCUUCCAUCCCACUCAGUUCGUUGCAAAAUUGUCGGCCGACGCAUUCUUCGGCAACGACCCAAGAUAUGUUUCUCCCGUCGGUUUUGGUCAUCUCCUCCAGAACUGAGCCCGCCGCCGUUUCGACGACAUAAAAUAAGGAACCAGCACGAAGGAACAGUUUUCAAUACAUUGCCAAAUAAAUUCAGUCGCUCAUUGGUUUUGUUUUCUAAAAUUCAUCACUGGGACAUUUUUUAUAUGCGCUUUUCCUUUUGCUUCGCAAGACUUCUCUGCUCG